AUGCAGGCGCGGCGGCGUCUUUCUGCUUCCGGGGGCGAGGGAGGCGGCGGUAGUGAAGAUAUUGGGUUGUUGGAAGGGGUCAAUGAGGAGGGAGGUGGAGGCGAGGACCGGCCCAAAAAGGCCCCCGUGGGGCCCCCCAAGGGGCCCCCCAAAGGGGCACCACAAGAGGGGGUGAAGGAAAGAGGAAGCAGCGACACCCAGCUGGUGGCUGUCGGGGUUCCGCCCCCCCCAUCUUCUCCAGCCCUAACGCCUCCAUCCAGCGGCAGAACGGAUACACUUCCUGGCCAGCAAAAUGCAGCUCCUCCCACGCCAACAGUUGGUGGAAACAGAGACGCAGGCGCAGUUUCCCCAGUCUCGCCUCCAUCACCAGUUCAGUCGACCACUGGAUCUAUGGAGAGCAGUGCAGGCGGCAGGGGCACCUCAACCCGCAAACAACGACGCAAAAAGAAGAAGGCGGAACUUAUCAAUGGCCCCGACCCGCAUACGUACCGGAGGGAGCUGUGUACGAUGCUGCGGAUGGACGCUACACUCCAGGCGUGGUAUGCGUUGGUGGUGCUCUAUGUGGCGGAGUGGCCGACUUAUGCUCGCCAUGGCACAGGAGGCGACGCUUAUUUGAGUUAUUUGAAAGAUUUGGCCGAGAAAUUCGAAGUGCCGCGACAUGCUGCGGUGCAGGUUCAGAUGCUGUUUGCUGAGGAGCUGUCCUGCGGCACUCCUUCGUUCUUUCUAGACGGACUUAAAAUUGUUGGGAAGGACAUUCACCGGCACCAUGACUUGAUAAUGGUGCUGCGGAAGUACCGCGAAGAUUCCGAUUUUGCAGAUUUGAUUGACUAUACACAAGUGACCAAGUUGCCAGCGGACGUCUCCAUUUCGGGGUUCCCCAUGAUCCUCAGGACAGCCUUUGAGGGCUUCGCCUUUUGCUUUAGCAAGAAUUUGUACAUUAGACCUGACAAGAAGGGCGAUGGCCAAUCCAGGCGCACGGAGGGAACGG